UCGACCUCGAGACGAAGCCGGUACGUUGCAGCAAUAGAAGAACGAAUGCGACAAGCUCCGGCGUUCCUCUCUACCACGAACCACAUCUCAUUACCUGCUCGAAUGGAACGCAGAAAUGAACACUGGCAGUAUCAGAGACGAGGCACAAAUCCCUUUGAUACGCUGAACUUGCAUCGCCGCACAUCUGAAUGACACCGCUACCGUUAAGAAAGCCGGUACACGAAGUGAUACGGACAUGGAAAGUAUUACGAGAUCAUCGAACGUGUCAGAAUCACUCCUGGUUUCUAUCGCCUUUCUGGAAAACUAUUCUUCCUACUUCGCUGAAGACUUGAACGUCACAUCGUACCGCUCCACUGCGGACGUUGACUUGACCACAGUUAUUCUCAAGGGUGGACUGUUGCUUUUCCUCAUUUUACUCACCAUAACCGGAAAUGUGAUGGUCCUCAUGGCUGUGUUACUCAACUCAAACUUACGUACCACAACAAACUGCUUCAUCAUCAACCUUGCCCUGGCAGAUCUCUUGUUGGGCGCUAGCGUUCUCCCCUUUUCUGCCACCUUGGAAUUGUUAGACAAGCAGUGGUUCUUUGGUCAGAUCUUCUGUAACAUUUGGGCUGCCACGGAUGUUUUGUGCUGCACCGCGUCUAUCAAUAGUCUGUGCGUCAUCAGUGUCGACAGGUACAUUGGUGUCACACGGCCUCUAACUUACUCCACCAUAGUGACCCACAAGCGCGCCGUCUUAGCCUGCAUUUUAGUGUGGCUGCUGUCUGUGGUGAUAUCCGUGGGCCCGCUGUUUGGCUGGCGAGAACCGCCGCCGUCAGUUCCCUACGUAUGCGAAGUCACGAAACAGACUGGUUACGUGGUGUUUUCGGUGGCGUUCUCUUUCUACAUUCCAACGUUCAUCAUAUUGGUGCUCUAUUAUCGCAUCUACAAAGCUGCGGCGCGGCAGACCAAGUUUCUGGAAACCGGCGUAAAAAUUAUCAAGCCAUCCGGUGAUGCGGAACAGCUAACUCUGCGUGUGCACACGAGGACGAAUAGGGCUUUCUCGGGUUCGCAGUGUGAUGUGAACGGUACGGACAAAGGCCAGAAACUCUCCACCGUAGGCAUACAAGGUCGACUGGCCAAAUUCAAGAGGCAAAAGAAGGCAGCCAAAACUUUGGGAAUAGUCGUGGGCGUGUUCAUUAUGUGCUGGUUUCCAUUCUUCUUCAUCUUGCCAUUAAGCACCCUGUGUAAAAGUUGCACUAUUCCUCCUCUCCUGUUCGACUUCUGUUUUUGGACAGGCUACAUGAACUCUUGCCUCAAUCCGUUCAUAUAUGCAUCCACGAGUCGAGAGUACAAGCGGGCCUUUCGGGCCAUCCUGCGAUGCCAGUGGUCAAAGCAUCGAGACGGCGGCUCCAGCCCAUACGACGCUCACGGAAACUGGACAGGCUCCAAAAGUGUCACUUACACUCUUCGAAGCCUCAAAGGCUCUGUCGACGAACGACAAUCGCAUGGGUUGAAUUUAAGUGACCAGUGUAUGUCUGAAGAGCUCGACUCACUUAGCAUUCGCCCGUCGCCAGUGUCGCCCAUGGGUCGGCUCAACGAGUUCAAGGCUUCAGCACAUAGUGCAUAGCGUUCUCAUCUGUUCAGGAUGAUACCUAACGAAAUGCGCACUUUGUGAAGAACCCAAGUGAGACCCAAGAAAGAGAGAGCGUCCAAAAGUUAAAUGCAUAGACGUCUUCCCUCACUGACAUGAAACUAAACCUGUGCAAUAUCAUGUACUUUCACGGCAACGUGGAAAUGGUACAGUUGGUUUACUUCAAUUAUUAUACAGGACUAUGAAAUGUUUAUGUACAAGCUCGACACGUAGCAGGUGAAGUUCUGGUUACUACAUCUAUUCUCAGUUUGACUAUGUGGUUCAGUGUAUACCAGGCAAUGGCAUUAAAAUGAAUCACAUUGCAUCAUC